AUGUCGUCUACGUCUGCAACUCAGGCGGUGAAGCACGAGAGCGCGGUGGUGGUGUCUGCCCUUUUGCGGGGAUUGGCGGCUCCACGGAGCCUAGAUCUUCACCGCAACAUCUUUCUCAACCCCAAUCGAGAAUCAUCUCUGAAGCAUGUCGAGCUGACUGACGAUUCCAUUCGAUUGGAAUUUUCGAAAGCAACUGCCGAGUAUAAGAGGCACGCCGAGCUGAUGUUUCUCACGGAAGAGGAGAAGGAAGAGCGAGGCGUUGAGGAGUGGCUGGUACCGCUACGAUUAAAGAAUCUCACCUUCUGCGGCGGAGGCGCCACUAUCGAGCUGGACCGACGAAAGGUCAUACAAUUCCUCGCUCGGCCGCGUCUACACGAAGAAGUCGCAGCUGCGUCGCACGACCCCAGCGAACACCUUCAUGCUCGUGCAUCCAUGCAUUGA